GUGAAACACUCCCUAUAUUGUAUGUUUUCAUAAUUAUGAAGAUUGGUCAGAUGUUUCAUUAUCAAAAGUACAAAUAAGUUAAGUGCUCACUUCACUUAAUUUGCUUUGCAUUCUUAUCUAUAUUCUUAAAUAUUCAACCAAUUUUUCCAUAAAAAAGUCAUAAUAAUAAUUAUUCAUAUUUAAAAACGUCUCCUGCUUUAACUGCCAAGUAUAAAAGAGGCACGAAUCAACUCCUUAACAUUGAAGUUUUGAGUUCACAACAUGAAAGUAUUAAUUUUUGUAUUAGCCGUUUUUGGCACCAAUUUCGCAGUACGAUUUAAAAUAAUUAAUUACCAUGCUGGUCCAAUUCAUAUUGGAAUACAAGGUAAUAGUGGAAAACCGCAUUUAUUAGGUGGAGGAUUUUCUUUAAAUCCGGGUGCAUCGAAAGUGGUUGAAUCACCAAUUGAUUGGGGUGGAAGAUUUUGGGCACAAACAUGGUGUGGUCCUAACAAUCAUUGUGAAACUGGAGAUUGUGGGAAUAGAAUUAAAUGUGGUGGAAAUGGAGGAACUCCACCAGCUACUUUAGUUGAAAUACAAUUAAGAGCUCAUGCUGGACAAGAUUUUUAUGAUAUUUCUUUAGUUGAUGGUUUUAAUUCAAUGGCUCUCAUUAGACCAGUUAACGGAAAAGGAGAUUGUCCAACAUUACAAUGUAAAAAAGAUUUAAAUCGAAAUUGUCCAAAGGAUUUGCGUUUAUAUUAUAGUGGUUUUGUUAUUGGUUGCAAAAGCGCUUGUUUAUUGAAAAAUGAACCGAAAUAUUGUUGUACUGAGUCUUUCGGGCCUGAUCGAUGUAAUCCAAAUACUUGGCCAAGCAAUAUCAAUUCAGCCAAAUAUUUUAAAGCCAAUUGUCCUCAAGCUUACAGUUAUGCUUAUGAUGAUAAAUCUAGCUUGUAUACUUGCGUUGCUAACACCUAUGAUGUCGAAUUUGGUUAAAAAUUUGUCAUACCAUCAUUGUAUUUUUGAAACACAUUAUAAUGACUUAAUAAAA